GCGCGCACGGCUGUGUGUGGAGAGGGGACGCGGCCCGGGCACAGCCGCCGCGGCCCGCGAGGUGGGCGGAAAGGCCGCGUCUUUGCGGCCGAGACGCGGAAGGGAAGGGCCCUGCGGCUUUGCACGCGGGCGCGCCCGUGAGGGGCGGGAGGCGGGAACGUGGCGGUCCCCUCGGCCUAGCCGGGACCCUCGGCUCCUGGUGGUGGCGCGGCCCCCGCCCCCGGCUUAGCUCGCCCCUUAACCUGCCUUCCUGGAACCUUGUUUCUCUUCUCCUUUAGUCCCCUUCCCCUCAGGCACUCCUUUGACCUUCGUGGAGUCUCCCGCCCCACCCCCACGCGGGGUCGAAGUGUGAGAGUUUCCUUGAGUGGGAGCUGGUCAGGCCUGUCCAGUGCCCACAGACCAGCGCCUAAAUUUGACUGUUAAGUUUCUCUCGCAGACUAGCAUCAGUCCGCCCGGGGUGGCAGGAGAAACACCGCACAUGGAGUAGUGAAACCCGAUUUGUGGUCCAGGUGAUUCCUCCAAGCGAUCCUGUGAAAUUCCCCCUUCAGUUGCCUGCACCUCGGUCUCCUCAAAAGUGAGGUUCUCUUGGAAAGAGUGUUGACAUCCAGGAAGCGUUUGGCUUCCAUUGCAUGCCAGCAUCUCCCCCCAUCGCAGUGUAGGGUUGGAAGAGCGGAAGCGCGAUUUAUUUUGGCAGCAAGGGAGUGGGGGAGAGCGGAGGUGAGCCGUGCCGCUCCGUGCCGGCAAGUGAGGUCAGCAAGCAGUGAGAGCGCCGUUCUGUUUCGGCUCUUACUUCACAGUGUUUUGAAAGGGACGUUCCUGGAGUAAGUUAAAUGGAGAAGGGCUUACCCUACAUCAUCACUGCUGCCCUACUACAAAGAAGCUGCUGCGUUCUGUUUUCGGGGUCCGUGUCAUGGGAGGGUGAGUGUUGAUUCUGCAGAAAUCCUGCGUCUGCUGGAGCCUGCACUGCCAGGCAGCAGAAUUGUGAGCUCUAGCGUGAAGCGGAAAUCUUCAGACUAUGAGCUCUGUCAUGGCUAUGGGUGAACCAAGGCUGAACUGGGAUGUUGCCUCAAAAAAUGGCCUUAAGACAUUUUUCUCUCGAGAGAAUUAUAAAGAUCAUUCCAUGGCUCCAAGUUUAAAAGAACUAUGUAUUUUAUCUAACAGACGUAUAGGAGAAAAUUCGAAUGCCUCAGCAAGUUCUGUAGAAAAUGAGCCGGCAGCAACUCAAGCAAAAGAAAAAGUUAAAACCACAGUUGGAAUGGUUCUUCUUCCAAAACCAAGAAUUCCUUAUCCUCGCUUCUCUCGUUUCUCACAGAGAGAGCAGAGGAGUUAUGUGGACUUGUUGGUUAAGUACGCAAAAAUUCCUGCGAAUUCCAAAGCUGUUGGAAUCAAUAAAAACGACUACUUGCAGUACUUGGAUAUGAAAAAACACGUGAACGAAGAAGUUACUGAAUUCCUAAAGUUUUUACAGAAUUCUGCGAAGAAAUGUGCACAGGAUUAUAAUAUGCUUUCUGAUGACGCACAUCUCUUCACAGAGAAAAUUUUAAGAGCUUGCAUUGACCAAGUGAAAAAGUAUCCAGAAUUCUAUACUCUCCAUGAAGUCACCAGCUUAAUGGGAUUUUUCCCAUUCAGAAUAGAGAUGGGAUUAAAGUUAGAAAAAACCCUUCUCGCAUUGGGCAGAGUGAAAUAUGUGAAAACAGUAUUUCCCUCAAUGCCUGCGAAGUUACAGCUCUCAAAAGAUAACAUAUCUACCACAGAGACACCGGAACAAACAGCUACAGCUAUGCAUUAUGAUAUUAGUAAAGAUCCAAAUGCAGAGAAGCUUGUUUCAAGAUAUCACCCUCAGAUAGCUCUAACUAGUCAGUCGUUAUUUGCCUUAUUAAAUAAUCAUGGACCAAACUACAAGGAACAGUGGGAAAUUCCAGUGUGUAUUCAACUAAUACCUGUUGCAGGUUCAAAACCGGUUAAAGUAAUUUAUAUUAAUUCACCACUUCCCCAAAAGAAAAUGACAAUGAGAGAGAGAAACCAAAUCUUCCAUGAAGUUCCAUUAAAAUUCAUGAUGUCCAAAAAUACAUCUGUUCCAGUCUCUGCAGUAUUUAUGGACAAACCAGAAGAUUAUAUAUCUGAAAUGGAUUCCAUCUUUGGAAAUGCUCCUUGGAUUCUUGGGAGGGAAAAGAUGUCUUCUGAAGUUAAUGAGUGCCGAAAAAUUGAGACCCUUGAAAAUAUGGAUCUGGAUUUUGAUGAUGACGUCACAGAACUUGAAACUUUUGGAGUAACCACCACUAACCCAUCAAAGUCACCAAGUCCAGAAAGCACUUCCACAGUACCCAGCCUGACAGAUACUCCCACGGCCCCCAGCGUAGCAACCACACAUGUGGCACCAACUGCACCAGACAUUUCUGCUCAUUCUAGGAGCUUAUCUCAGUUUCUGAUGGAACAGUUGCAAAAGGAAAAACAGCUGGUGACUGGUAUGGACAGUGGCCCUGAGGAGAAUAAAAACAAACAUGAUCAGAGAUUUGUACCAUGUGAUGAAAAGGUAUCAGAUAAUUCUGAUAAGUCUUUGAUGCAAGAUGGUGACUUGAAAACAUCUGAUGCCGUACAGUUAGAAAGUUCUACAGAAAAUGAAACCUCUAAUAAAAAUGAUAUGGCUGAUGAUAGGGUAAAUGCCGAUGAAACCGAUGAAAGACUAAAUGUUCUGGAGAACACAGACAAUUCGAAGGAAAAGACUGUUACAUCAGAAGCAGCAAAAACUGAAGAUACCAUUCUUUGCAAUAGUGAUACAGAUGAAGACUGUUUAAUCAUUGAUACAGAGUGUCCAAAGAAUAGUAAUGAAAUGACAGCGGAUGUGGGUUCUAAUUUAAGUUCUAAACCUGAUAGCCCAAAUGCUCCCUCAGGGCAGGCUUCUGCAGGAAACCAGACUAAUACUACUUGUAGUCCUGAAGAGUCAUGUGUUUUAAAAAAACCUAUCAAACGAGUAUAUAAAAAAUUUGACCCAGUCGGGGAAAUUUUAAAAAUGCAGGAUGAACUCUUAAAGCCAAUUUCCAGAAAAAUACCUGAAUUGCCUUUAAUGAAUUUAGAAAACUCGAAACAACCUCCUGUUUCCGAACAACCCUCUGUUCCUUCAGAUGCCUCUAGUUGGCCCAAAACUGUGUGGCCUUCUGUGUUUCAGAAGCCAAAAGGACGAUUGCCAUAUGAACUUCAGGACUAUGUUGAAGAUACAUCAGAAUAUGUAGCUCCUCAGGAAGGAAAUUAUGUUUACAAGUUAUUUAGCCUGCAAGACCUGUUGUUACUUGUGCGAUGCAGUGUCCAGAGGAUAGAGACCAGACCACGUUCUAAAAAACGGAAGAAAAUCAGAAGAGUGGAGUAUCAAGCUUGUUAUGGAGCUGAAGCUCUGACUGAAAGUGAACUUUGUCGCUUAUGGACUGAAAGUUUACUGCAUUCCAACUGCUCAUUUUAUGUUGGUCAUAUUGAUGCAUUUACUUCAAAGCUUUUCCUACUAGAAGAAAUUACCUCAGAAGAAUUAAAAGAAAAACUUUCAGCACUCAAGAUUUCAAGUUUAUUUAAUGUCCUCCAACACAUUCUAAAGAAAUUAAGUAGCUUGCAGGAGGGUUCCUACUUGUUGUCGCAUGCAGCAGAAGAUUCUUCACUCCUGAUUUACAAGACUUCUGACGGAAAAGUUACUAGGACAGCAUACAAUUUGCAUAAAACACAUUGCAGCCUUCCUGCUGUACCUUCCAGUCUCUCAGUUCCCUGGGUUCCACUAGAUCCCAAUCUGUUAUUACCAUAUCAUAUCCAUCACGGAAGAAUACCUUGUACUUUUCCACCUAAAUCACUAGGUCCCACAGCACAACAAAAGAUUAGUGGAACAAGAAUGCCUACACACAGCCGCAGGAAUCCAGUUUCCAUGGAAACCAAAAGCCUGCCUGCUCAGCAAGUUGAAAAUGAAGGAGUGGCUCCAAAUAAAAGAAAAAUAACUUAAGGACUCUACCAUGGCAUAUGAAGAAAAACAGUUAUAACAACGUUCAAUUUAGAAGAAUUUGAGGGGAAGCAGGCCCAAAAGAUCAGUAGACAAGAUGAACAUUUUUCUUUUAGUGUCUUUGAGCAUUCUUCGAGUGCCUUGAAAAAACAUGUUGGCUAUGUGAAGGAAUGUUUGAACUAAAAUGGAAUGUUAUACUCUUAACUCUUGAUGUUGGAGGAAAAUCUAGAUACGUUUUAAUGUUAUCAUGGCAGGGAAAUAUAUAGAAAAUUAUUUUUAUAGUAGAACUUUUCCAAAAAUUGUAAAUAGGAAAAUUAUUUUCUUUUUUCAAGAGCAGUAUUUACCAUUGUGUAUUGUUAAUAAUUUGAGUUAUGUCGCCAGUGUCUGAGAUUGGCUCAAAAGGUUAAAUCUUGCCACUGUCAGAGAUAAUUUUGAGCAACCUGUAAACCUUGUGUCUGACCCAGUGUGACAGUUUUUUAUAUACUAUUUUCAAAUGAUGAUUGUUGGCAGGUUAAUAAAAUUAAUACCUUUAAACACUUGGCAAAUUCUAUUGCAGAAACCAAAAUUAAAAAUAAAAAGCUUCCUGCCACUAAAAAGUCACAAGUUAACAGUUUCUUGUUGGGCUACCAUUGGUUUGUUAAAAAAAUAAAUAAAUAAAACAAAAAGAACACCUUUUUGUGUUACAGGUUUGGUGACAACUGCCUCUAUCUCUUGGCACAAAUCCCAGCUGAGUGUUGAAAUACGCUACUGAAAACAAAGAGAUGAGCAUGUUUUCUCCCAGAAAAAUCUGAUAUUUCAACUGAUAAUACUAAUAUGUGGUAAAAUAUAAGCUAUUUUUUCUUCAUCUAUACUGAUUCGUUUCCCAGGACUACAUAGGUGAAUUUGGAAAAGGGCAUGAUCGGCUGAUGUUAACUGUAGCCAAUUUGAACUUAAGAAGGAAUGCACUUAAUUUUUGUAUCCUUGUUCUUUAGUGUCUGCUGAAGUUUUCAGAAAUAUGUGUGUCAUUUGUAAAAUACAAGUUUUGUAAUCCAAGGCAAUAUUAGCUUUGUUUUAGGGUUUAUUCUUUGUUUUACAUUAAUAUAAGAAAUUUUCAUUAAUAUAAGAAAUCUAGAAAUUUCUAGAUUCCUGGAAAUCUUCUCAACUAUUAUAAGUAACAGGUGAAUGUUUUUAUCCUCAACUACCAAGUUUUGUUUUGAUGUUUUUGGUCAUUUAUAAAAUAUUUUCUAAUUAAUGAGGAAUUAUAGUAAAAAUGCACAUUUUAAUAUAUAAUUUCCUCAUCCUGCUGUUUCCUUUUUAAAACAUUGAGUUUGUUUUUUUUGAGGCUUGAUUUUUUUUUAAACUUUGUCACAUACUCCCAUGUCCCAGAAAUAUUUCAGUUAUGAAUCAUUUGGCAGUGAAACCAGGGAGAGUCAGGGAUUCCCUUGGAGUUGCUCUUUUAAAAAAGCUAGACAAUGAUUUUGUCAGACGUCUGAAUACUGGAAAGACUUGGCUUUCGUUUUUUUAAUAUUUCUUUUUACUUAGUAAAACGUGUGAUCUUACAAGUGAUUAUUUUGAAAUUAUCUUAGCCAUACAUUUGAGUAACCCUGAUAAUGUAUGUAAAGCUAUUCUUAGUUUUCCACUUGUGCUUAACUAGCCUUUUUUAAAACAUGUAUUUGAUCAUGUCUUGUGUUCUUUUUUCUUGAUUUUUCGUACUGAGAACAUGUAAGCAACAAAGACAAUAUGAGCAAAGGUUUUUUUUGUUUUUUUUAAAAGGAAAACAGAAAAGCGUUGGCAAGGAUGUGAUGGAUCUGCCCACUUACACCUCCAUGGUGAAUGAAGGUGUAAUUUUGUACAUACCUCUUGGAAAACAUUUUGUAAAUAUUUAAGUGCAUCUAUGUGCCACACAAUCUAAAGUAGGUCUCCACUGUUACUCUCUGAUAACGUUCUUUUUUCACAUAUCAUAAUAUUCAUUUGUUUAUUUGACUUAGGUUUUGAGUAGACUACGUGCCCUGCAAGGGUAGGGGCAUAUUUGUUUUGUUCACCUUUAUGUAACAAACAUAUUUACUGUCAUGUAGUUGCUUAGUAGAUAUAAGUUGGAUAUAUGAAUAAAUGAAUAUGUGGAUAACAAGGGUAGAUUUUUUUUUUCCCCAGAAACACAUUCUAGUGAAGGAUACAAUACUAAUCUAUGUGAGUAAGUGCUCUAAUGAAGUAAUAUAAGAAAGUCAUCUAACCUGGACCUAAUAAUUAAGGCAGGUUUUCUAAGACAAAGCUUGAGCUGAGUCUUUUAAAAAUGAGUAGAAGUUAUAAGGGAAAAAUGAAAGAACUUCCACACAGAAAGAAAGCAGCAUAUGCAAAGGUGAAGAAGAAUGGCCAGAUUGUAAGCUAUGGCCCUGGGAGAUAAGAGAAAAAGCUAUACCACAAGGACAAGCAUGCCAUGGUGUGGCAUUUGAAUUUUGUCCUGUGCAGUGUGAGAACAAGUAGUGAAUUUUAAUAAAAAUAAGUAAUACCAGUUAUGUGCUUGAGAAAGCUUUUGUUGGCAUUAGUCUAAAGAAUGGAACUGGGAAAGGCUGUAAGGAAGGAAAAAAGUUGGAAAGCUGUGUUGUAGUAAUUGAAAAUGGUAAAGGCCCUAAAUUAAAGCCAUAAGGGAUGGGCUCGAGUGAUAACAGAAAAAAACAACUCAGUGAUACUGUUGGUAGGGAGAGUGAAGUAUGGCUUCCAGGUUUCUCACUUGGAAUGCUGGGUAAAGGAUGACUUUAUGCAUUGAGAAAGUAGAAGGAGUGUAGAAGGGGAAUAUAUUCAAUAAAAUUGUUCAUUUCCUUUGAUCAUUUCUGUUACUUGGAUUCUGGGUUUGCAUGCUAUGUUGGUUAUAUAUUGCUACAUAAUAAAUUACCUGAAAACUUGGCUAGUUAAACUAAGAAACAUUUAUUAUUUCAGAGUUUAUGUGGGACAGGAGUCUGGAUACCGCUCAGCUGGUUGCCUCUGACUUGAGGUCUUUAAUAAAGUUGCAGUCAAGCCAUUAGCUGGUGCUGCAGCAUCUGCUUCCAAAAAUUCUCGUGGUGGUAGUGGUGGUGGUGGUGGUGGUAGGUGUCAGUCUUUCACUGGUUGUUUACAGGAAGCCCAGGCUCACUCACUACCUGCACCUCUUCAUAGGUCUGCUUGAAUGUCCUGACAGCUGCUGGCUUACCCCAGAGUGAGCAAUCCAAGAGCAAGAAGGAAGCCACAGUAUCUUAUAGCCUAGUCUUGGAAGUCAAGGACUGUCUUCUGCCGUGUUCUCCUUGUUAGAAAUAACUUACUAAGUCCACACUCUUAAGCUCCACCUCUUGAAGGGAGGAGUAUAGAAAGAAUUAGUGAACAUCUAUUUAAGCCAUCACAAAUGCCGUGAACAUUUAGGGAUAUUGAAGAAUUAGAUUAAGGGUGGAAAGAAAAGAAACGACCCCUUUUUAAAAAUAUCUUAUUACCAGCAUGUUAAAUCUGAGAUACAGAUAGUUGAUGUCAAAGAUAGUUGAUGAUUUGAGUUUUAAACUCAAGAGAAGCCUGAUCUCAUCAAUACAGGUUUGGGAAUCUGUAUCUAUGAUGUUCAAAAUCAGAGAAAAGGGUAAGAUGACAUAGCAGAAAUGAGCAGAAUGAAGAAAGAGCCAUGAAUCUAGAGAGCAAACCCAUAGAACCUCAGUAAAAGAAGAAGUUUCGUUGAAGUGGCUAGUGUGGAAGUCCGAUUUAUAAACCUUAGUAAUUAAGUACAGAGUGAGGUGGAAACAGUGAAAUUUUUCAUUGCCAAUCGAUCAGCAAAACUUGGAAAUAAUUCCACCAUUUGGAUCCUGUUUUGCAAUUGCAAAGGGAAUUGACCUGUUCAUUUCCAAUUCUACUUGGAUUCUGGGUUUGGACACCGUGAACAUUUAAUAGAUAUCAGGAGGCGUGAGUUCAGGGUAGAGAGAGAAGAGGACAGUUUUUCUUUGUAAUAUUUUAUUACCAACAUGCUAAAUCUGAAGUUUCUGAGGG